AUGUCUGGAAGGGCGACGCGGUCCCGUACUAAAGCUUCUAGUGUCGGAGGCGCGCCGUCGGUGAUCUCCGCUAAUACGGAGCCUGAUAUGCAACCCCCACCAGCGAAGCGACUGAAAGCGCAAAGGGCUAAGAAACCUGCUCAAACGACCCGUAAGAAAGGGCGUCUUAGUGUCUUGCCCACUCUCCCUCUCGAUGUGCUCUACGAGAUCUUUGGGCAUCUUGGUCCGACGGACUUGCUCCACCUCGCCCGUACGACGAAGUCUUUCCGAACUGUACUAAUGUCACGGCAAUCGGCUUUCCUGUGGAAGGAGGUUCAUGAAGCUGUUGACGAAAUCGACAAGUUCCCGUGCCCUGAAGAGAUGUCGCUGCUCAAAUGGAUUAACCUUGUGUACGGUGGUCCAUAUUGUGACGAGCGCGGCUGCUCCGGUCGUGCAAACAAAGUACUAUGGGGCUUCUAUCGUCGCUUGUGCAAGUCCUGUCAAGGAAAACUAUUGAUCUCUGGAGAGGACGUAUGGGGCAGCUUAGGGGCGGAGGUCAUGAUGUUAUUGGAUAACCUAUCUGACUCAGUACCCCGUGACAUGGUCACUCGUGGUGGCCGCCACCGGAUCAUGUACUUGCGCUCGGAUAUAAAAGCCCUUGGUGAAGAGGUUCGCGCGCUCGCCAGAGACUUUGAUUACCCGAUCCACACGACGGAGUAUCCUGCUCCGGACGGAACACCUCAAUGGCAGGCAGCGCUAGCUGCUCUCAAAGCUCGUCGCAAGAAGAUGUGCGAUGCCCGUCAUACACAUGCAGAACAAUGUGCAGAGAGAGAAGAGAUCAAGGCUGUCCUCCGUGGCGACGAACUUGACGAACUCAAAGAUGCCCGGUUCCUGGAAGUCAAGCAACGACUGAUAGCUAUGGGCUUCGAUGCUGUUGAUGCUGGCUCCUACGUAAUCCGUACUCACAAAGAAGUCAGACAAGCGAAGCCGCUGACCGACCGAGUAUGGACACGGAUUAGUCCCAUUCUGCGUGCAGAAGCGGAACGCAUACGCGAUGAGAGGCUCCAAAGAGAGCGACGCCUACGCCAGGCCGUUCGAUUCGGGUUCGCGCGCCGUCGCUACGAACGCAUCACUCUGGACAGCAUCGCGCCGUCUACCAUCAACUUCGCGCCCAAGGCCGAAGUUUCCUUCAAACUUCCUCGCAUAGCUACGUACCUCAGAGAAGAUGUCGAUCGGCUUUCUUCUGAGGAACAAGAAGCAUGUGCGGCGGCUUUCACCGAGGCAGACGUGCUUGCUUUCAUCAACGACUGGAUCUCGCGGCGACAAACGGGCCUGCGCGAGAUAUUGCCGGAGGACUGGCCCCGCUCUACCGCUACACACGAAGAGAUUGGGAAACACUGGCCGACUCCAACUGUGGUCCCCACGAUCGACCACUAUUCUGAAGUAGCAGAUCUGGACCUUGCGGUCUAUGCAUUCAAGUGCACGGUGCCCACCUGCCCGCACGGAGAACGUGUCUUCUACGGUUUGGACAUCCUCGCUCACGACUGCGUCAACUAUGCCGCAGACCGUCAUCCGGGUUACUACAUGGACGAUUACGAGGCGCUCAGUCAACCCAUCGACUUCGCCGUCCACGCACUGCCACUUCAGGAACAUCACACAGCCGCGUCGCGUGUUGUACAGCUCCUUGAACUUGUUCCGACAAAGGCUCGCCCGCUGGACUUAGAUAAGGCGGACGAGUUCCUCACCGCAGAACCGCGCGAACUCGAUACCACCGGGCAGCCGUUCUUGACAUGGAGGCAAGCGGUCGUCGCAAGCGUGUCCUGGUGUAAACUUGACACUGUCAGAGUGGUGGACGAGCGCGAGAAGUCGUAUAUCGACGAACAUCACACCACUUUCCGUGAUGGAGAUUCACUACACCCCGUUGAAGAUGAUCAUGACUGGACCUGCGCGCGAUGCGCUCAUGUGGCGGACCCGGCAGGUAUGGCCGAUAGUGAGGUGGUCCGCUGGGCCACGCUUCACGAUGUACGCGCGCAUAUCUCGCUGGUACACGGCAUCGCGAACGCGGAGGAAGGCCAACAUUACUUCUACGACCGGUACAGGGACCGUAUGGCGGGGGAAUGCGGGGAAGGGGAUGCGUUCUUGAGCCUCCCGCACGGCGUUGACCUUGAUACGGCCCUCAGCGCGCUCGAUGCUUAUGGCGGCGGCGUCUCGCCUUUCGACUUACUGCAAUCGAUGUGGCCGGGCGCUCUUGGACCUCCUGCUUUCCUGUUGGCGAGCAUGAUGGCUGACUUGCUCUCAGAUGACUCUGACGACUUCAUGGACUUCUAA